GUGCUGUUAAGGUGAGGAAAUAAGAACGUUCUGAAAAAAGAGAGGCUUGGGAAAGCAAGCAGAAGGCUAAAGCAAUACAAAAACUGUACUGUUCAGGAGGUUUAAAUCUGUGAACCCCUGGCAAAAUGUUUGAAUUAUAAAUGUAAAAGAAUGGCAAGUCCCCUACCUCCCUAUCCUAGAGCAGACACAGGGGAGAAGUUACAUCAGUGUACGGAGUGUGGAAAACAAUUUGCUAGGGAAAGUUCUCUUACUGUACAUGAACGGACUCACACAGGGGAGAAGCCCUAUAAAUGCAUAGAAUGUGGAGAAAGUUUCAGUCAGAGUGGAAAUCUAUGUUCCCAUCAAGGGACCCACACAGGGAAGAACCCACAUAAAUGCAUAGAAUGUGGAGAAAGCUUCAGUCGCAGUGACAGUCUACGUUCCCAUCUAAGGACACACACAGGGGAGAAGCCAUAUAAAUGCAUGGAAUGCGGAAUGAGCUUCAGUCGGAGUGGCAAUUUACGUUCUCAUCAAAGGACCCACACAGGGGAGAAGCCACAUAAAUGCAUGGAAUGUGGAAAGAGCUUCAGUCAUGGUAGCAAUCUACAUUGCCAUCAAAGGACCCACACAGGGGAGAAGCCACAUAAAUGCAUGGAAUGUGGAGAAAGCUUCAGUCGCAGUGACGGACUGCGCUCCCAUCAAUGGAAGCACACAGGAGAGAAGCCACAUAAAUGCAUAGAAUGUGGAGAAAGCUUCAGUCGCAGUGAUACUCUACGUUCCCAUCUAAGGACCCACACAGGGGAGAAGCCAUAUAAAUGCAUGGAAUGUGGAAUGAGCUUCAGUCGGAGUGGCAAUUUACGUUCUCAUCAAAAGACCCACACAGGGGAGAAGCCACAUAAAUGCAUGGAAUGUGGAAAGAGCUUCAGUAAUGGUAGCAGUCUACAUUGCCAUCAAAGCACCCACACAGGGGAGAAGCCUUAUAAAAGCAUGGAAUGUGGAGAAAGCUUCAGUCGCAGUGACACUCUACGUUCCCAUCAAGGAAGCCACACAGGGGAGAAGCCCUAUAAAUGCAUAGAAUGUGGAGAAAGCUUCAGUCAGAGUGGAAAUCUACGUUCCCAUCUAAGGACCCACACAGGGGAGAAGCCACAUAAAUGCAUAGAAUGUGGAGAAAGCUUCAGUCGCAGUGACAGACUGCGUUCCCAUCAAUGGAAGCACACAGGGGAGAAGCCACAUAAAUGCAUGGAAUGCGGAGAAAGCUUCAGUCACAGUGGAAGUCUACGUUCCCAUCUAAGGACCCACACAGGGGAGGAGCCACAUAAAUGCAUGGAAUGUGGAGAAAGCUUCAGUCGCAGUGACAGACUGCGUUCCCAUCAAUGGAAGCACACAGGGGAGAAGCCACAUAAAUGCGUGGAAUGUGGAAAGAGCUUCAGUGUGAGUGGCUAUCUACGUUCCCAUCAAAGGAUCCACACAGGGGAGAAGCCAUAUAAAUGUAUGGAAUGUGGAGAAAGCUUCAGUUGGAGUGGCACUCUACGUUCCCAUCUAAGGACACACACAGGGGAGAAGCCACAUAAAUGCAUAGAAUGUGGAGAAAGCUUCAGUCGCAGUGACAGUCUACGUUCCCAUCUAAUGACCCACACAGGGGAGAAGCCAUAUAAAUGCAUGGAAUGUGGAAUGAGCUUCAGUCGGAGAGGCAAUUUACGUUCUCAUCAAAGGACCCACACAGGGGAGAAGCCACAUAAAUGCAUGGAAUGUGGAAUGAGCUUCAGUCAUGGUAGCAAUCUACAUUGCCAUCAAAGGACCCACACAGGGGAGAAGCCACAUAAAUGCAUGGAAUGUGGAGAAAGCUUCAGUCGCAGUGACGGACUGCGCUCCCAUCAAUGGAAGCACACAGGGGAGAACCCACAUAAAUGCAUAGAAUGUGGAGAAAGCUUCAGUCGCAGUGACACUCUACGUUCCCAUCUAAGGACCCACACAGGGGAGAAGCCAUAUAAAUGCAUGGAAUGUGGAAUGAGCUUCAGUCGGAGUGGCAAUUUACGUUCUCAUCAAAGGACCCACACAGGAGAGAAGCCAUAGAAAUGCAUAGAAUGUGGAGAAAGUUUCUGUCAGAGUAACAAUCUGCAUUCCUUUCAAAGGACCCACAUAGCGGAGAAGCCAUACAAAUGCAUGAAACAGGGAAAGAGCUUCAGUCUUUAAAAGGAAUAACAGAUAAAAUGAAGAUAAAAGGAGAACAUAUAAAGAAAUUUGGAGAGCCAACGAAAUUUGAAAAUAUAAUAUUAAAAGAACAGGCUAAAGAAGAAAAUGAGCAUCAAAAAAGGGUAACAAGUAUGAUAUACAAAAUAUCAGUAGAGAUUAAAGGGGGGAAGGGAUAUAAAAGGGAACUAUGGGAGGAAGAAUUGGGAAUAAAAAUAUGGAGAGCAAGACACCUCAAGAAUGUAUAAAUUAGGAUAAAAGAAAACUACUACAAGACGGUAUGGAAAUGGUACCUGACCCCGAGAAAGUUACAUAAUAUGGAUAAGGGUUGUUCAGAAAA